GCAGCAGCACUGUGAGCAGGAGUGGAGUCCCAGUCUGGGACAGAAGGACCCGGAGACCACACAGAUGAAAGAGGAACAGGAGGAAGUCAGGACCAGUCUGGAAGAAGAGCAGCUUCAAGGGCUCGUUGAUACCAAAGACUCCAUAUUCACUCCUUCCUGUGUGAAAAGUGAAUGUGAUCAGGACCCACUUCAGUCCUUGACUCUUCCCCAAACCCGGACUGUGGUGAACAGAGAGAGAGACUCUAAACCAGUGGAUUUCAAACCUUUUGUCACUGUGACCCACAUUAAGGGUCUCUACAUUCCCUGUGACCCUCCAGAUAAUCAAAACAAUGCCUCCAGCCACAGUUCAGCUGUAAGCAGCGACACAGUAGGACUUGACAGCAGCCCACCAUUGGAUCCCAGUCGACCAUUGGAUCCCAGUCGACCAUUGGAUCCCAGCCCACCAUUGGAUCCCAGUCCACCAUUGGAUCCCAGCCCACCAUUGGAUCCCAGCCCACCAUUGGAGGAACACUGUUCCAAACCCAGCACUACAUCUAGAAAAACUCACCACUGCCGUGACUGUGGUGCAACAUUUGCUCUGAAAGCUGACCUGCAGAGACAUAUGACUCUCUUCAGUAAGAGACCCAGUGAAUGUAGUUCCUGCCAAAAACGCUACAACUCCACCUGUCAACUGAAGGCCCAUGUCCGACUCUGUCACGGUGGGAAACCCUUCACCUGCCCUGUUUGUGGAAAGACCUUCAAACUCAAAGGAGAUCUGUCCAGUCACAUGAGGAUUCACACAGGAGAGAAGCCAUUUAUCUGUGGUGACUGUGGGAAAAGCUUCAAUCGCACGGAUUUCCUAACCAGGCAUAAACUGACUCACACAGGAGAGAAGCCAUUCACCUGUGGUGACUGUGGGAAAAGCUUAAAUCGCAAGGAGACCUUAACUACGCACAAACUGACUCACACCAGAGGGAAACCAUUUAGCUGUGGUGACUGUGGGAAGAGCUUUAUUCUGAAGGGGGACCUAAGGAGACAUAUGCUGAUUCACACAGGAGAGAAAUCAUUCACCUGUGGUGACUGUGGGAAAAGCUUCAAUCGCAAGGAUACCUUAACUACGCACAAACUGACUCACACCAGAGAGAAACCAUUUAGCUGUGGUGACUGUGGGAAGAGGUUUAUUAAGAACAGGGCACUAAGUAGACAUAUACUGAUUCACACAGGAGAGAAAUCAUUUAGCUGUGGUGAAUGUGGGAAGAGCUUUAUUCUGAAGGGGGACCUAAGGAGACAUAUGCUGAUUCACACAGGAGAGAAACCAUUCACCUGUGGUGACUGUGGGAAAAGCUUCAAUCGCAAGGAUACCUUAACUACGCACAAACUGACUCACACCAGAGAGAAACCAUUUAGCUGUGGUGACUGUGGGAAGAGGUUUAUUAAGAACAGGGCACUAAGUAGACAUAUACUGAUUCACACAGGAGAGAAAUCAUUUAGCUGUGGUGAAUGUGGGAAGAGCUUUAUUCUGAAGGGGGACCUAAGGAGACAUAUGCUGAUUCACACAGGAGAGAAACCAUUCACCUGUGAUGACUGUGGGAAAAGCUUCAAUCGCAAGGAGACUUUAACUACGCACAAACUGACUCACACCAGAGAGAAACCAUUUAGCUGUGGUGACUGUGGGAAGAGGUUUAUUAAGAACAGGGCACUAAGUAGACAUAUACUGAUUCACACAGGAGAGAAAUCAUUUAGCUGUGGUGAAUGUGGGAAGAGCUUUAUUCUGAAGGGGGACCUAAGGAGACAUAUGCUGAUUCACACAGGAGAGAAACCAUUCACCUGUGGUGACUGUGGGAAAAGCUUCAAUCGCAAGGAUACCUUAACUACGCACAAACUGACUCACACCAGAGGGAAACCAUUUAGCUGUGGUGACUGUGGGAAGAGCUUUAUUCUGAAGGGGGACCUAAGGAGACAUAUGCUGAUUCACACAGGAGAGAAAUCAUUCACCUGUGGUGACUGUGGGAAAAGCUUCAAUCGCAAGGAUACCUUAACUACGCACAAACUGACUCACACCAGAGAGAAACCAUUUAGCUGUGGUGACUGUGGGAAGAGGUUUAUUAAGAACAGGGCACUAAGUAGACAUAUACUGAUUCACACAGGAGAGAAAUCAUUUAGCUGUGGUGAAUGUGGGAAGAGCUUUAUUCUGAAGGGGGACCUAAGGAGACAUAUGCUGAUUCACACAGGAGAGAAACCAUUCACCUGUGGUGACUGUGGGAAAAGCUUCAAUCGCAAGGAUACCUUAACUACGCACAAACUGACUCACACCAGAGAGAAACCAUUUAGCUGUGGUGACUGUGGGAAGAGGUUUAUUAAGAACAGGGCACUAAGUAGACAUAUACUGAUUCACACAGGAGAGAAAUCAUUUAGCUGUGGUGAAUGUGGGAAGAGCUUUUUUCUGAAGGGGGACCUAAGGAGACAUAUGCUGAUUCACACAGGAGAGAAACCAUUCACCUGUGAUGACUGUGGGAAAAGCUUCAAUCGCAAGGAGACUUUAACUACGCACAAACUGACUCACACCAGAGAGAAAUCAUUUAGCUGUGGUGAAUGUGGGAAGAGCUUUUUUCUGAAGGGGGACCUAAGGAGACAUAUGCUGAUUCACACAGGAGAGAAACCAUUCACCUGUGGUGACUGUGGGAGAAGUUUCAAUCGCAAGCAGACCUUAACUAGGCACAAACUGACUCACACCAGAGAGAAACCAUGUAGCUGUGGGGACUGUGGGAAAAGCUUCAAAUGGAAACAACAUGGCUGCUCAGUCUGUGAUAACAUAUUAAUUCAGAAGACUAAUCUGCUAACACGUGAAAAACAUCCACAAAGAAAGUAAAUGAGGACACAGAGAGGGGACUAAGAGAUUAUUGAGAUACACCUGUGGACCAACUCUAACUGGUCUUCCUGAUCCUGCUCAGUCCAAUGUCACAGUAAUGAUAUAAUGGGGCUGUUGUCUGAUCCUAACAGGUAAUGUUGCUACUCUUUGUGUAUGAAAUGGACAAUCUGCAGUUCAGACAACCACCACUUGUUAGGUGAACAACUGAGGGAUGGUGUUGGAGAGUUGUGAACACUCAAUGUCGUAGUCAGAUAUGGAUACAAGAUGUCCAGAUCUGAUGCAGGUUUUCUAAUAGGCGGCCCGUUGGUGGUUUUAUUUGGCCCCCAAGUUUUCUGAGCAAAACAAGAUUUCAUUUAAAAAAUAUAUAAUAUUUAGGCAAUCUGUUUCCAAGUAUUCCCACGUGUAAAUAGAUUUACAGGACCAGUCAAAAGUUUGGAUACACCUAUUCAUUCCAGGGUUUUUCUUUAUUUUUACUAUUUUCUACAUUGUACAAUAAUAGUGAAGACAUCAAAACU